UUGAAACACGAUGGUGUAGAAUGCUAUAUUACUAUUAAUAAAUUGUGUUUGAUCGAAUUAUACAAAUCUAUUCAUAUUAUUCGAAGUACCUACGUUUAUUUGCAACGAGUUUUCUUCGUCAUUUCAAUUGAAUAUGCUUUUUAUUCUAUCUUACAGUUUUCCUGUGCUAGACGACGGUAUAAAAUUACCACCGUACACAUUGUUCUGUAUUGUUAAGUCCUUGUGCGACUUUUAGCAUUUUUCCAAUUGGUUUGCACAACUACUCGCACAUCAAACACACAAUAAUUCUAUUAGUUUUACCCUUAUAUAGAUACGAUAAUAAGAUUUCCAUCAGCCCGCAAUGACCAUUAUUAUGUUGCGGCCGCGAGUGCAAUAUGAAAUUUCCUCAGCGUACUCAAUAGUUAAUCAAGAUAUAUUAAUAACUAUGAAUAGGUAACCAUAUUGAUUUUAUUAGGUAUACGUCACAUUAUAUUUGAAUACUAUACAUUGAAAACGCUGCUAUAUUGCCGAAAUUUCGUAUAUACUAAGUAAAACUAGUAGGGUGCCUACUCUCUUGUCUCGUCGUCAUAUUAUACAUGUAGACACAUGCUGCGUGUAACAUAUUAAUUUUAUCAUAUAUACACUCUGUUCAAACAGCAUUAGAGGUCCGUGUAUAUGUUACAGUUAAAGUGUUGAAUCAGUUAGUUUAUGAAAUAACUAGGUAAUUUAUAAAAUAACUAAAGCUUGUAGGUAAUGUAUAUAGUUUAUACUUUAACUAGUUAUUUUAUGCAUUCCCUGGCAUCACUUAGUUAAUGUGUCAAAUUGUAAAUAACGCCACCCCGCGCAACACGAAUCAGACGGCGCGUCAACUGUACCGCGCUAUACCACUCCACACGCCGCGCGACGCGCAACGCGCCGUGUGAUCCCACCUUUACAUUUCAACAAUUUAAUAUAACACAUUAAAUCAGAUAAGAUUAUCGGUGACCGCAAUGUACGUUUAUCGUGUUAUUAUAAGAUAAUCGUUUAUCGUGUUAUUAUAAGAUUUUUGUUGUUGGUAUUUGGUACAUGUAUUAUACAGGUUUAAAGUUUAGUAAUAGUUUUACAGUCACACGUGUUCGCUGUUAGUUCGUUUGUCUCUACACUAUUAUUUUAAGUAUUAACUAUAUUGUUCACAAUGAAUGAAUUAGAUUUAAUGAAAGAAAAGUUUUAUAUUAGUGUUAAAAAUCGUUUAUUAAAACCAAAUAGUGCAGUUUUAACAAAAGAAAAAUAUGCAAGUUUGAUGAUAGACGUGAGAAAAAUGAAAAUAAAAAAGGAAUCUUCUCGUGACUAUUGGUUAGAAAAACAUUACGAUAUUGUAAAAAUAAACGGCAUUGAAAAAUUAAUACUACCCGUAAGUAAUCAAAAUGAAAAUGUUAAAUUAUAUGUUAUGAUUGAAGAAAUAUUUGAUUAUUUACAUGAAAUUCAUAUUUCUAUUGGACACGGGGGCAGAGAUCGCAUGUUAUAUGAAAUAAAUAAACGUUAUAAAAAUAUUACUCAAUCUGAUGUUAAGCAAUACUUAGAUUUGUGUAUACCUUGCCAGCAAAAAAAAAAAAGUCAAAAAAAAGGUAUUGUUGUAAAACCAAUGGUGUUUGAAGAUUUUAACAGCCGUUGCCAAAUUGAUUUAAUUGAUUUUCAAUCUCAGUCUGACGCAGGGUAUAAAUUUGUUUUGGUUUAUCAGGACCAUCUGACCAAAUUUUGUAUUUUAAGACCUUUGAAAUGUAAAAGAGCUGAACAGAUUGCAUACGUUCUUUUGGAUAUUUUUUGUUUAUUUGGUGCUCCCUCAGUACUGCAAUCGGAUAACGGCCGAGAAUUUUGUAAUGAAAUUGUAAAUUCUUUAAAAGAGAUGUGGCCCGAAUUGACUAUUGUCCAUGGCAAACCACGACAUAGCCAAUCUCAGGGCAGCGUAGAGAGAGCAAACCAGGAUAUUGAAAAUAUGCUGACUACGUGGAUGCAAAGCAAUAAUACCAACAAAUGGAGUGAAGGCCUUCGGUUUGUACAAUUUAUGAAGAAUAAAGCUUUACAUUCCGGAAUUAAACGUAGUCCAUACGAAGCAAUGUUUGGUAGUGUACCAAAAACUGGACUAUCUUCAAGUCUUCUACCUAAAGUUAUCUUGCGUAAAAUGGAAUCUGAAGAAGAAGCUGAUGACGUUACUGACGUAGAUCGACCAACAGUUGGCACAGAAAAAGAUAUAGUUCAUUUAAAUAUUGCUACGGAUGACGUUACUGACGUAGAUCGACCAACAGUUGGCACAGAAAAAGAUAUAGUUCAUUUAAAUAUUGCUACGGAGAGGAAAAAAGCUAAAGAAAAUUUGGAAAAACAGGCAAAAAGAAUGAAAGAUUUAUCAAAUACUAAAUUUGCGGUUGCUAAUAUUGGUUCUACAGUGCGUAUCAAAAUUCCCGAUGUUGAUAGAGGAAAGGGUGAUCCUCGUUCAAUUAUUGCAGUUGUUUUAAAAUUAACUGACGAUGGGUUUUAUCAACUGGGAUGCAAUGAUGGAGUGUUAAAACAACUAUACUCUCGAUCCCAGUUCACAGUAUGUUCAGAAAAUUUGUUAGCUGUAGAAGCUGUUCCAAAUGAAAGUAUUACAUUAAGAUCUGCGGCAACUGCGCAGUCACUGGGAACUGGUCAGGGUUUUUUUAAAUGCACUUGUACCAAAAAAUGUGACACAAAGCGAUGUGUUUGUAGAAAAAAAGAGGUGUUGUGCAACUCUAAAUGCCAUAAUAGCCUUACAUGUACAAAUAAAUAAAUAAUAUAACUAUAAUUAAUUCAUAAUUCAGUAAAAUAAAAUAUUAUAAUAUAUAUUUUAAA